CGGAACUUUCUUAUCAACGCCCGACUGAGCUGAAAACGCAGGCCGAAUCGAAGAUUUAUAAACCCCGCCACCACCACCACCAACAACAACAACAACGAGCAAAAAAGCCCACUUUCGGGCUCUCACUUACCUCACCCUCCACCUCCUGUGUUCUCUUCUGUUCUUUAUUUGAGAAGCCGGAUGGUGUCGCCCUCCACGUGCAACAGCGAUAAAUGAUGCUCACAGAAUGUGAGAGGUUUCUCAGCGAACGCCUCCUACGGCUUCCCUCCGACUAUAAUAACCGCUAUGGCCCCGAAGCCGAGAAAGAGCUCCUCGAGAUCCUUUUCCGCUCGCUGACGGCUCAAAAUGACGAGUAUCUUCGACAGUUAUUCCCCCACGGGUUGCCGACCAAGGCCUGGAAGCUGGCAGAGGCCCAGGGGGCCGAGGAAGGUGCGGAGUAUACCGAGGCGGCGCGGGGCAAGCGCUGCGGCCAUAUUUUCAGGGCCGGCGAGGCUACCUACCGCUGCAUCACCUGCGCCAUGGACGAUACCUGCGUGCUGUGCAGUCGUUGCUUCGACGCGUCCGACCACACCGGCCAUCAAUACCAGAUAUCGCUGUCGUCGGGGAACUGCGGCUGCUGUGACUGCGGGGACGAGGAGGCCUGGCGCCUGCCGCUGUUCUGUGCGAUCCACACCGACAGUGAAGACAAGAGAAAGGGGAAGCAGAGAGCCCAGUCACAGCUGCCCCCGGACUGGGUGAAAGCCAUCCGACUCACCAUCUCCCGCGCCCUGGACUAUUUCUGUGAUGUCAUCUCCUGCUCGCCCGAACAGCUGCGGCUGCCCAAGACGGAAGAAGGGAUUCGGAAGGAUGAGGAAGCGUCCCGCCUGCGCCCGGGCUGGUAUGGGGCCGGAGACGAGGUGGAGGAGGAGCCCGAGUACGCGCUCGCGCUCUGGAACGAUGAGAAGCACACCAUCAAGGAUGUCGCCACCCAGGUCACCCGAGCUUGUCGGGAGACGAAUCGGUUCGGAUACGAUCGCGCCCACGAGACUAAUGAUAUUGGGCGAAGUGUCGUCAAGUACUCCCGGGAUCUGCCCCGCUUGUUGGAUGUGUCAAGGGUCAUUGAGCACAUCAGAGUCACCGUCACGAUUCGGUCCGCCCGCGAUACGUUCCGUGAGCAGAUGUGUGCGACUAUCGUCGAGUGGCUGCUGGAUAUCUCUGGAUGCAGUGUUGGGGACGAUAACGAGAUCCUGCGCCACGUUAUCUGCGAAGAAUUGCUCACGCCAUGGAAGCGGGGUAGCGGUGCCUGCAAUGCGGACAUUGGCUUGAAGGGAAUUGAUGACCACCAGCUGGACGAGGGCUCCCCAUGGCGCACCGUGCUGCUCACCGUCUCCCCUCAAGUGAAUGUUGUACUAGCCGCAGCUGGCGCUGAUGAUGAUGACGAGGACGAGGAUGUCAACUCGGGCAACGAGCAAGAGCCCGUUAAUGACGACGAAGAGGCGGAAGAAUUCGAAGAGUACUUGCGUGCUGCUGGCGAAACCAACGAAGAGGAUGACGAAGGUGAUAUGGAGCUGGAAAUGAAUCGACUAGGUGGUGAAUUGGACGACGAUAAUGACAUGAUCAUGGGUGACGCGGAUGACGCUCUACAAAUCGCUCAGACUAUCGUAGGAAUCGCUCAGCGUGAACAGCGCGCACGGCAACAACGGGAGCAGCAGUCGGCACAGUCACAACUACAGCAGGAGAGACGGGGGCAAGAAGAGCAAGGAGCAGAGCAGAAUGAUUCGAACCAUGGGGAUGCGCAGCCUACUGCCCAUGAGCAGGCCCCCAAUGACCAGCACGAGCGACCACCAACUUCCCUUGUGCCCAUUCCUAAGACUCCCUCAGGCGUGGUUCGACCUUCGCCUGCGAAAACACCCAUUCAUUGGCAGUAUCGCUCUCAUGCUGCAGCAGAGGGACAGACCGUGCCUGUUUACGAAGAUCUGCGCCAGCGUACACGUCUCGAUUGGAUGAUCCUCUUCGAUCUCAGACUCUGGAAAAAGACGCGUACCGAGCUCCGUGAUCUUUACAUUGGCACCGUUGUCAAUGUUCCCCAGUUCAAGCGGAUUAUGGGCCUGCGCCUCUCGGCCCUCUACACAGCGCUUGCACAGCUGUACCUGAUUGCAGAUAGAGAGCCGGAUCACUCUAUUGUCAAUCUAUCUUUGCAGCUUUUAACCACCCCGUCUAUCACCGAAGAGAUUCUGCUGCGUGGGAACUUCCUAACCAAGGUCAUGGCCAUCCUGUACACUUUCCUUACCACCAGACAAGUCGGCGAGCCUCAUGAAGUCAAUCCUAACGCAACUCUGGCAUUCGACGCUGGCUCCGUGACCAAUCGGCGUCUAUAUCAUUUCUUCUUGGAUUUGCGAUACCUCCUGCAAUCAGAAUAUGUCCAGAAUCGGGUGCGUGCAGAAGAACAGUACUUGGCUCAGUUCCUGGACCUGGUCAAGCUCUCGCAAGGUAUAUGCCCCAACGUGCGUGCUGUAGGAGAGCAUGUCGAGUACGAGACCGAUGCGUGGAUCAGUGCGUCUGUUCUCAUGCGUGAAAUCAACCGGCUGUGUCGCCAGUUCUGCGAGGCUUUCCGUAACCCUGAGGUCGAUGGCGGUGUCAAGCUGCUGCGCGCUAUCCGUACAGCCACUAUAUCUGCUGUGGUGCACUCGUACGGAUUAGAGCUUAAGCGAUUCAGUCAAGCCGAGAUCAAGGAUGUUGUGUCGUUCAAGACCCUGCCUCCCUUCGAUUUCGAGGUCAAUCAGGUGCAUGUUCCACGCUACCGGGUCGUAGACUUCGUCGUUGAACGUGGCUGGAUGAGCUUUCACCAUGCCCUACAUUAUACGACCUCCUGGUUGCUGGAGUGCGCUCGUAAUGUGAGCGGCGAGGUCAUUCGCGAUGUUCUCGUGGACGCCGCGCAGGCUGCCAAUGAUCAGCACAUCCAUGAUCCACAGCUGACGCCCGAGGAUUUGCUUCUGUCGAUGUUCGAUUAUCCCCUCCGGGUUUGUGCCUGGCUGGCCCAGAUGAAGGCGGGCAUGUGGGUUCGCAACGGACUUAGCCUUCGACAUCAAAUGUCCCAAUAUCGCGGAGUCUCAUCCCGCGACUUUGCGUAUUAUCGCGACAUCUUCUUGCUUCAAACUGCCUUGGUAACCUGCGAUCCUAGUCGGGUUCUUGCAUCUAUCGCGGACCGUUUCGGCAUGGUCGACUGGAUGAACCGGGAUUACGUCCCCCGCUCUGUCUAUGAAGACCAGCAGAUCGUCGAUGUGGCCGAAGAAUUUGUUCAUCUCUUGAUUCUCCUCCUAACUGACCGCACUUCCCUCACGGCCAUUGACGACAGCGAAGCGGCCACUCGUGAGAGCAUCAUUCGUGAUAUCGCGCAUGUCCUUUGCUUCAAGCCGCUCUCCUUCUCCGAUUUGUCCACCCGCCUCAGUGACAAGCCUUUGGAUUCAGAUAUGUUCCAGGAUGUGCUGGAGGAGAUCGCCAGGUUCCGUCCACCAGAAGGGGUGAAUGAUACGGGCACCUUUGUGUUGAAACCGGAGUACAUCGGCCUUGUUGAUCCGUACAGCGCCCAUUACUCGAAGAACCAACGGGAAGACGCGGAGAAUAUCUACAGAGAAUGGAUGGCCAACCAAACUGGCAAGAACUUGGCCGAUGUGGUAUUUGAGCCCAAGCUGCGCCCCAUCACCUCGGGGGCUUUCUCUGGGCUUAAUCGCUUCACGCGCACGCUGGUCUUCGCGCAGCUUGUGCACCAUUGCCUGGACUACGUUGUGUCAUGGAAGGAGCGUACCCCGCAGAUUGAAAGUGGCCGAAUCGAGACUUUCCUGCAGGUGGUCCUGCAUCUGAUUCUUGUCGCCUCACUUGAGGACAACAGCCACGAGAGUGAGAUGUCCGAGGGCUCCUCUGCAUCCUUCAUUUCCCACGCAUUGACCAAGCUUCGACACACCUCCCUGGCUGGUCCAGUGACCAUCGUGGGUCUUCUCGAGAAGAUAUCCAGGAUGAGUGAAUUCGACUCCUGUGGCGCCAAGAUCCGUAAUGUCUUGAAGCACUUCUGGCAAAAGCGUCCUAAGUCCUAUGCCGUCGCCACACUUUCGCUGAACUUCCCCUUUGACAGGUUCGAAACCCGCUCCCCCGCCGUUGACAUUGUGGAUCUCGAGAAGGAAGCCAAGAAGAGGCAGGCCUCAGAAAGAAAGGCGCAACUUAUGGCACAGAUGCAGCAGCAAGCAAAGAAUUUCCUCGAUAACCAAACCGAAAUCGACUGGGGUGUAGAGGACUCCAGUGAUAACGAGUCGGAAAUCGAGACUGCCACCGAGAGUCAGUUGUGGAAGUAUCCCAGUGGCACCUGCAUGCUCUGCCAGGAGGCCACAAAUGACUCGCGAUUGUACGGCACGUUUGCUUUGGUCCAGGACAGCACUAUACUGCGACUAACUGAUGUGUCGGACGCGGACUGGGUGCGAGAGGCAAUUCGGACACCAACGAGCCUGGAUAAGUCGGCCAACCAUCUUCGUCCUUUUGGAGUGGCUGGUGAGAAUCGCACCACUGUCCGCCGGCUGGAUUCGACUGGCGGCGAGGUCAUCAGCGAGAAGGUCGGACUAAGCAAAGGUUUCAAGGCCCACUACACGUAUCCGGGCCCGGUGACUACCGGAUGCGGUCACAUGAUGCAUUAUUCGUGCUUCGAGCAAUACCUCGCUGCCACAGGCCGUCGUCACCAUCAACAAGUCGCCCGUGCGCACCCAGAGUCAUUAGUGCGCAAGGAGUUUGUCUGCCCUCUUUGCAAGGCCCUUGGCAAUGCCUUCCUUCCCAUUAUCUGGAGAGGCAAGGAGGUGGCGUAUCCCGGAGCUUUGGGGACUGCUGUCUCGUUCGACGAGUUCAUUAAUUUCGAGAUCAAGUCGAUUUUCUCGCAACCGCGCAACUAUGCGUUGCUCACAGAGAACAACAGCAACCCGCAGACCUUAGCGUACCAGGAACAUUUCGUGGAGUACUUGGACAAGACGUUGGUGCCUCCGCUGACUUCGCACUUGGGCUCCCUCGCCCUCGCUGCACCCCAUUCCCUCCCCUCCAGUCCCCACUCCAUGGCAUUAGCCCGGAUCCCUAUGCCUGAUCGCUUCCCUCCGGAGGAGACUGUGGACUCGAGCCCGGCCCACUCGACCUUCAACUCGAUCGAUAACCCUCUACAUGAACUGCUGCAGAUCUACCAGAGGCUGAAGCAGACGUUGCGCGUCAACCGUAUCCCGUCUACAUUCAAUCAUGCUCCCGGUACUAUGGAUAGCGGUGAUUUGGUGCACACCGAUUCGCUUUUCCAGAGCUUUGGUUUCAGCAUUGCCGCCGUGGAGAUUGCUCAACGAGGUGUUGAAUCGAACCCCGGAAUGACCCUAUUGGACAAGAUUUCUCCAUUGACGCUGACGCAUCUCCGCGUUCUCGCCGAGACAGCCUUCUCGUAUGCGGCGCUUGGAUCCUUGCAGAAUGGCGAUAACCCCCACAAUCUCUGCGCGGACGAGGUGCAUGAAAUGCACCGGCAGAAGAUCUGCCAGCUGCUCAUUGGACAUCCCUACUUGAGUGGUACAGCACUAUUGAGGGAGAGGCGCGAGAUCGAGCCGCUCCUGUCCAAGGAUAUCUUUGUAUUCUUGGCCGACUGUUCGGUUUCCCUGCUACCGACCGUGCCGAUGGAGAUCCGGCAUCUGGUCCAGAUGUGUUAUGUGGCUGAGAUUGUCAAGGUUGCCAUCACCUACAUCCUCUGGCCUGCUGGACUGCAGGAAGAGGUGGCGCAGCAUGGCGAUGCCGGGUACAUGCCAGCGGUGGACGAGUCGAGCCUCCAGUUCGAGCUGACUCGGCAUUUCUUCAACUCGAUUGUGAAUGAGCUCAGGAACAACAUCGACCACGAUGAGGUCACCUCGUUCCCGACUGAGGACAACUACGUGGAGGAUGGAAGCAUUGCGCCGCCCGAGGUGGUGAUGACCCUGCGCCGGCUCCUCUCCAGCUACGCAUUGACGUUCCUCCGCAAGGUGGUGAUUCUUCUUCAUGUGCAGCACGGCGUCGAGUUCCCCCCUACCAGCUGCCACGAUGUCGACGCGCCGGAGCUUGAUCGGUUGACCCGGGUCUUACGUCUGCCCUCGCUCGACGAGAUCUUUGGGACCAUCAACGACAUCCACAACCGCGGCAGUGUCUUUGACUCAGUCAUCGCGGGCUGGAUCCACCACUGGAAUGUGUCGCGGCCGGGCAUGCCGUUUGGCUGUCAUUCGCUGUGGCCUGGCCUCCCGCACCCGGGGAUUUUCGAGUUGGUGGGCCUCCCCAAGUACUUUGACAAUCUGAUCGACGAGGCCAACCGACGGCGGUGCCCGAAGUCGAAGAAGGAGCUGAUGGACCCGUGCAUCUGCCUGUUCUGUGGGGACAUAUUUUGCUCGCAGGCGGUGUGUUGCAUGGACAAGAACCAGAAUUUGGGCGGAUGCAACCAACACGUUCCUAAGUGUGGCAAGUAUAUCGGUCUGUUCUUGAACAUCCGCAAGUGUAUGAUCAUCUACCUGCACAACCGCGUCGGCUCGUGGCACCAUGCACCGUACCUGGACCGCCACGGUGAGGUGGACCCGGGGUUGCGGCGCAACCGGCAAUUGAUUUUGAACCAGACUCGCUACGACCGGCUGGCGCGCGACGUGUGGCUGGGACACCAGGUGCCUACGACGAUCUGCCGCAAGCUGGAGGCGGACAUCAACAACGGAGGAUGGGAGACGAUGUGAUGCUGUAGACCCUUGUGGAGAGGUAGGGAUGGGUUUCGUGGGAUGGGUUGCGGUAGCUGCCCACAUAUAGUUUUUAAAUCAUAUGGGAAAAGUUGGGAGGCGAUGGGGGACGAUCGUGCUGCAUUUGCUUGGUACAUAAGGAGACUGAUGUGCGAGUGCAAUCAGACAGAUUCC